CAAGAAUUCUUUCUAACUACAUUUCAGUUGAUUAUCCCAAUAACAAAAUAAUCCUUCCAAGAAAAGAAACUAAAGGAGACAUGGAUUCUCCUCUGUUACAUGAAUUGAAAAGGCAGGCUUCCUUCUUCCUCAGAGAGAAAAUCAAGAUUGCUCGACUGGCUCUUACAGAUGUUACUCCUACUCAACUGUUGGCUGAAGAAGCUACAACUGGAGAUUUGAUUGCACCAAACAUGAAAACCAUGAGACUAAUAUCGCGUGCAGCUUUUGAAGUUGAUGAUUAUUGGAGGAUCGUUGAUAUUCUGCAUAGCAGGUUGUCGAAAUUUGAUAGAAGAAAUUGGCGACCAUGUUAUAAGGCUCUGAUGUUAUUGGAAUACCUGCUAACUCAUGGACCAGAAAGUAUUGCAGAGGAAUUUCAAAGUGAUGAAGAUGUCAUCAGACACAUGGGAAGUUUUCAAUAUGUUGAUGAAAAAGGGUUUAAUUGGGGAUCAAGUGUUAGCAACAUGUCAGAGAGGGUGAUAAAGCUACUUGAAGACAGGAGUCUCCUGAAAGAGGAGAGACAGAGAGCGCGAAAAGUGACAGUUGGAAUAAAAGGAUUCGGGAGUUUCUGCAAUCGUCCUGUUUCAGGCGAAGAAAGCAUGAAAGAAGCCAUUUACCUGAGAAGCAAUUCUGACUUUACUGAUUGCCAAUACAAGCAAAAGUUGGGAAGAAGUUGUUAUAUGGAAGAUGAUCCAAUUAGUGAUGCCAUGGAAUGGGAUGAACAUCCAUUCUGUGAUACUAGAGAUAAAUAUAGCCGAGCUUCAUUGCUUUCCACUUCCGGAUAAAAUAAUUACAUGUAGUAUAUUCAUUAGCAGAGGAAAGAAGUAGCAAAGGAAUAUCGUUAUCGCGAGAAAAAACUUAUGAUAGGAAGCUCUAUUUGAUCUAAGUUUUCAAGUAUAUGUUUCAAUGGAUGUGUUUAGGUAGUUAGGUGUGAGUUCUUGUUAAUGAAUAUGAAGUUUGAACUUAGUUUUA